GGUAAUGCUGCUUUGGGCUUCUGAAAAUGAAAUUAACUUAAUUAGUUUCUGAGCUUAUAGUGAGAAUCGGCUAAAUAUCAAGACAAGGCCGUCUCUAUAGAGAAUACAGGAACGCGCCAUCAAGUUGCAGCUAAAACAAAAAUAUGGCCUUAUGUUGGGGAUUCGUUGUUGCUCUUGUGGCUCUUAAUCUUGGUCUCUCAGAGGCCCAAAGCAACAUUAACAGUACAGUUGCUAUCAUAGUAAAUCCGGAUUCUACAACGCCCGCUGACGCAGGGCCAGUGGUACCAACGACACAAAUGGGAGCAACGACCGCACAAACCGUAGAAACAACCGCCGCAGUAAUUGUUCCAGCCACAUCUACCUUGAGUCCAUGCCGUUUUUAUACAUAUUUGAUAGUAAGCUUUAAAAGUAAAAGUGGAUGCCCAGUGGCAAAAGACGCCUUACUUAAGUCAAAGUUUGGAAGCUUCUACGCCAAUCCAAUGUUUGACUUGAAGAAUAUUGCUUUCAACGUGAUAAGAGAACCAGCAUGCCAAUUCAACUUUACCUUCACGUUUGGUUCCAAACUCACGAUGUAUGACAUCAGUGAAGUGUUUGAAGAUGAACUCAAGCGUAUCGAUAAUACCGUUGAUACGUUGAGGUUGACGGAUAUAAUAACAUAUGUUAAUGUUGCUGGUGUUAAGCUCGGAGACUUCAAGGUCGCAGCCGGGGACUGUAAGAAGAUUUGCUGUGAUGUGGGACCUGGGAGUCCAAUCACUCUGUACAGAGACUGUGAACCUUCCUGCAAGUGUAGGAGUUACAAACUCAAGAAAGUKGAGCCAAACUGCAUGAAUAUUUGCCCCCAAGUGUGUUCAGGUGAGCCAAAUUCGUGUUGA